AUGGUGACCAUAAAUGGAUUUUAAUUAAAAUAAGGAAAAUUUAUUAAAUAAAAAUUUAUAGCGAAUAAAAUUAGAUACAAAGAGUAGUAAUUUAAACUAUAUUAGAAAUCUUAAAAUAUUUUUAUGUUCAAAUAAAAGAUUACUCAAUAAAAGUCUGGUCUUAUUAAUAAUUAAUUAAAGAACUUCUCUAUUACAAAGAGCAAGAUCAAUCACUACUAAAUCUAGUUUUCAUCUUAAAAGUAUAGAUCAAGCAAAAAAUUAAAGUAUGACCUUUUUUAAAAAAAAAUGAAGGACCAACUGUUAAAACUAGAUAAGUUAAUGAAAUUAAAGGUCAGGCUAAAUUAUUCAGUAUUGUAUGUCAUUUCUAAGAUUUUAAUUAUUUCUAUCUUAAAUUGUUGUUGA